UCAAUGGAGAUGUCUCUUAUGCGCCAGAGUUCUUUCAACAGAGCUUCGCCACCCCAAAUGACCAGCAUCCCAUAUGCAAGUCUACCUCGCCAACAGAGACCAUUGCCGGCAAGGGUACAUCUCCAGCGGUGGCAUGGCGGGCAACAACAGGUUAUUUUGGGCAGAUCGAGGAAGAUAGAGAAGCUAGAAAUCGGUGGGAGAUCCUUCUUAAAUGGACCAUUCAAAGGAGGUAGAGCCCCUCAAGCUAUGGCCUACGAGAAGCCAGAGAUGUUUCCCGAGUUCGAGACAGACACAUACGCAGACAAGGAAAAGAUGCUGGCAAACUACGUGCCAGUGUUUGUGAUGCUCCCUCUAGAUGUCGUCUCAGUUGACAACACGCUCAACAAGCCAGAAGAACUGAGGAAGCGGCUUAAGCAUCUGAGGAACGCCGACGUCGAUGGGGUGAUGGUAGAUGUUUGGUGGGGCAUCGUGGAAGGCAAGGGUCCCAAGCUCUAUGACUGGAGCGCCUACAAGGAUUUGUUCCGGAUGGUUCAGGAAGAAGGGCUCAAGUUGCAGGCCAUCAUGUCAUUCCAUAAUUGUGUGGAGGGCACCGUGAACAUCCCGAUGCCGCCAUGGAUUCUUGAGGUGGGCAAGUCAAACCCGGAUAUCUAUUACACCAACAGGCGUGGCACGAGGAAUCAGGAGUACCUCACCAUCGGAGUAGAUAACCAACCCAUAUUCCAAGAACGCACUGCCGUGGAGGUUUACCGAGACUUCAUGAAGAGCUUCAGAGAGAACAUGGCAGAUUUUCUGGAUGCCGGCGUCAUUACCGACGUAGAGGUGGGUCUUGGCCCUUCUGGAGAAUUGAGGUACCCCUCGUAUCCUGAGGCACAGGGUUGGGUUUUCCCCGGCAUCGGGGAGUUUCAGUGCUACGAUAAAUAUAUGAAGAGAGACUUCAAAGAGGCUGCAACGGUGGCAGGACAUCCUGAGUGGGACUUACCGGAUGAUGCAGGUGAAUACAACUCCAGUCCAAAGUCAACCAAGUUCUUCGCAGCAAAAGGGACAUAUCUGAUGAACUCGGGGAAAUUCUUCCUAACUUGGUACUCCAACAAGUUGAUAAUGCAUGGAGACCAGAUCCUGGAUGCGGCUAACGAGGCCUUCCUAGGUUGUAAAGUCAAGAUCGUCGCCAAGAUAGCUGGCAUACACUGGUGGUACCAGGACGACAGCCAUGCAGCAGAGCUAACUGCAGGAUACUACAACCUGAACGAUCGCGACGGCUACAGGCCAAUCGCCAGAAUGCUGGCGAGACAUGAUGCCAUCCUUAACUUCACCUGCGCCGAGAUGAUAAAUUCUGAGCAGAUAAAGAUGGCAAUGAGUGGGGCUGAGGAGCUGGUUCAACAGGUAUUCAGUGCAGCAUGGAGGGAGGGGAUCGAGGUGGCGUGUGAAAAUGCACUCAGUAGAUAUGAUAGAAGGGGAUACAACCAAAUUUUGAGGAAUUCAAGGCCACAAGGGAUCGACCGAAGUGGAAAGCCACAACGAAGGGUGUUUGCGAUGACAUAUCUUCGACUGUCCGAUGAGCUACUCAAGAUGGUAAACUUCAGGAUAUUCAGGACAUUCGUGAGGAGGAUGCAUGCCCACCAGGAUUAUUGCCCGGAUCCAUGGAAGUACUACAAACCUAUUACAGCUAUGCAAAGAUCCAAGGCAGCGACACCAAUGGAUAAAAUCUUGGAAGCAACAGAGCCGACUCCACCAUACUCGUUUGAUCCUGAAACUGAUACGAGUGUUGGUGGCGCUUAUGCUGAAAUCAUCGAUACAUUAUUCGGCCUAUUCGAUUAACAUACCGCAUAAUGCUAGGAAAGAGGAUAUGGAGUUAAUAAUAAGAUCCCGCUGAAGGGUGAACUUGUCGUCACCAUUAACUACAUUUGGAUGGCGCUCACUGUGAAAUCCAACAACAGGAGUGCUUGAGUUCAUAUGGACUCGAAUCCUCUCGUUACUGAAACGAACUCCAUAUGAUAUUUCUUUGGUAUCCCAAUAUCUGAGCCACUUUCAAUGUUAUGGCCCCAACUGCCGUUGGUAAAGUUGAUGACAUUGGAUAAUUAGUGAUAUUAAGGGAAGCUGAUUUAUCAUA